UCUCUCUUUCUCACUGCCGUUUAUGUAGGAGUAGAUAUAUACUCCAAGAGGGGAGAGAGUGAAAUAGUGGAGCCUGCUGCUCAGAGUCUUUGGUCAGCUAUGGGGUCGUCUAGCCGGCGCACGCUCCUCGCCGUCCUCCUCGCGUCCUCCUUGUGCGCCAGCUCGGCGGCGGCGGCGCCGCUGGCGGCCGAGCGGACCCGCCGGAAGGACCCGCUGGACGGGCUCCGGCCCUACGCCGGCGGCUGGAACAUCAGCGACCGGCACUACGUCGCCUCGGUGGCCUUCAGCGCGGCGCCGGUGUUCGCGGCGGCGGCGGUCUGGUUCGCCGGCCUCGCCCUGGCGGCGCUCGCGGCCUGCUGCUGCCGGUGCUGCAGCCGCGGCAGCCCCACCAGGGACGACGACUACUCCUACUCCCGCAAGACCUUCGCCGCCUCCCUCCUCCUCCUCCUCGCCUUCACCGCCACCGCCAUCGUGGGGUGCUCGGUGCUGUACGACGGGCAGGCAAGGCUGGACAACAACACGGCGGCGACGCUGCGCUACGUGGUCAGCCAGUCGGACGGCGCGGCGGCGAGCCUGCGCGGCUUCGCCCGGUUCAUCGAGACGGCCAAGGCGUCCGGCGGCGCCGCCAUGCCGCGCGACCUCGGGGCCAAGGUCGACCAGGUCGCCAACAGGGUGGGCGCCGCCGCCGACGAGCUCGCCGCGCGCACCGCCAGCAACGCGCGCAAGAUCCGGACCGUGCUCGACACCACAAGGAAGAUCCUGAUCGGCGUCGCGGCCGUGAUGCUGGUGCUGGCGUUCAUGGGCCUCGUGUUCUCCUUGGCUGGGCUGAACUCAGUUGUUAGCUUCCUAGUGUUUCUGGGAUGGAUCCUUGUCACCGCCACAUUCAUACUGGGUGGUGUUUUCCUUCUCCUCCACAACGCGGUGGGCGACACCUGCGUGGCCAUGGAGGAAUGGGUGCGCCGCCCGCCGGACAGCAGCAACAGCACCGCCCUGGACGACAUCCUCCCGUGCGCCGACGCGGCGGCGACCUCGGAGGCGCUGCGCCGGAGCAAGGAGGUGAACCACCAGCUGGUGGCCACGCUCAACGGCGUGCUCGCCAACGUCUCCAACGCCAACGCCUUCCCGCCGGGCGCCGGGCCGCCUCUCAACUACAACCAGUCCGGCCCGCCGGUGCCGCUCCUCUGCAGCCCCUACCGCGCCGACCUCUCCGACCGCCCCUGCGCCGCCGGCGAGGUGCCGGCCGCCUUCGCGCCGCAGGCGUGGCGGGGCCACGUGUGCCGGGCGGCGGGCGCGCCGGGGCCGGAGGUGUGCGCGACGCCCGGGCGGCUCACGCCGUCCAUGUACGCCCAGGCGCUGGCGGUGGCGAACGCCAGCGCGGGGCUGGUCGGGUACGGGCCGGUGCUGGCGGAGCUGGCGGACUGCACGUUCGUGCGGCGGGCGUUCGAGGCGGUGGCGGCGGACAACUGCCCCGGGCUGAGGUGGCACAGCGGCAGCGUGUACCGGUCGCUGGUGACCGUGGCGGCGGCGGUGGCGGCGGCCGUGGUGGCCUGGGUGGUGCACGCCAAGGAGCGGCGGCGGCGGCGCGAGGCCGUGCGGUUCCGGGUGUCGCCGUACCGGCUGCCCAUCGAGGACAAGUCGCUGCUCAAGAGCCCCCGCCGGCCCUACCGGCGAGCCGAGAGCGGCGGGCUCAUCGGCAAAGGCGGCUGGUGAUCCGAUCCCACGGUGCAUCGUGACGGAUAGGGCGGCCACGUAGUUGAGCAAGCCUAGUGGAGCUGGAUAUGUGUAUAUAUAUAUAUAUUAGGUGUACUACCAAGCGACUUCUACACUCAAAGAUAUAAAAUAAAAAGAGAGUUCUUGUGUGCCUUGCAAUAACCACCACCCCCCUAUCGCGAAUGUCGUUUUGAAAUUUGACAUGGGGUUCGUAGCACUAUACUUUUACGGUCGUUUUCAUGUAAAUUGAAUUAAAUAAAUAUAAUUGUAGGCUUAUACAUU